AUGAAGAAGAGGAAUACCAAUUUCUUCUUCCUCCUCCUUGUGAUUACCCUUUCCCUCCUUCCUUCCCUUUCCCUUUCCGAUGAAGUAGCAUCAGAGAUCCCACCGGCCAUUUCCAGCCGCGGAACCCUCACACAUGCCGAGGUUUCCUACCUCCGCCGGCGGCAGCUCCUCUACUACAAGGACGCGGCCGGCGACCGCGGGGAGAACAUCACCAUCCCGCCCGGCUUCGUCUUCGAGAACUCCAGGCUCCGCGAUGCUUACAUAGCAUUGCAGGCCUGGAAGCAGGCGAUUAUCUCCGACCCGUUCAAUGUCACCGGAAAUUGGACCGGCCCAGAUGUUUGUACAUACGAGGGUGUGUUCUGCGCUCCGGCGCCGGACAACAAGACCAUCCGUACCGUCGCCGGCGUUGACCUCAACCACGCCGAUAUCGCCGGUUACCUGCCGGAGGAGCUCGGGUUGCUGCGAGAUCUAGCGAUUUUCCACAUCAAUUCGAAUCGGUUCUGCGGUAUGGUGCCUCGGACUUUCAAGAUCUGGAAGCGGCUCUACGAGCUGGAUCUCAGCAACAACAGAUUCGCCGGCCCUUUCCCCAAUGUCACUCUGCAGAUGCCCAAAUUGAAGUUCUUGGAUCUCCGAUUCAACGAAUUCGAAGGCACCGUCCCCAAAGAGCUCUUCGAUAAGGAUCUGGAUGCGAUUUUCAUCAACCACAAUCGAUUCCGCUUCGAGCUGCCGGACAAUUUUGGGAACUCCCCUGUUUCCGUCAUCGUGCUGGCGAACAACAAUUUCCACGGCUGCGUUCCGGCGAGCUUGGGGAACAUGACGAAUUUGGAAGAGAUCAUCAUGAUGAACAAUGGGUUCCGGUCCUGCUUGCCGCCGGAGAUCGGGCGGCUGAGGAAUGCGACGGUGUUUGAUGUGAGCUUUAAUCAGCUGAUGGGUCCGUUGCCGGACACGAUUGGAGGGAUGGAGGAAUUGUCUGCCGAAUCGGCCUGCGCAGAGGGCGGCUGGGCAAUGCCGGGCGGUUUUGUCGAAGCCGGUGAGGUGUAG